AUGCAAACACUCGACUUGGAAUACAGCGUCCAUAGCAAAGUUGAAACGUGGCUGUACGACAAGACCGAGACGACACAACUGUGGACAAUCCUGCUGAAGUACAACGCAGCCCACGAGAACAAUCGCGACAUCUUUCAAGGGCUUAUCGCCGCAUCGAGGGCCAAGUUGCAUUACUUUGUGGACAACAGAAACAAGUGCGCAAUUCUGGACGAUCACACGCGAGCGUUGGAUGCCCAUAGUGAAUCUGCGUUUUCCUUCGAACAAGAUUACGAUCCACAGGUGGUCCCAGAAGAGGAUCACUUGCGUCGUUACGUGGCAACAUUGACCAAAUGUAAUGCGUUGUACAAGAUCAAGAUCACCAGAGUGGCCGUGAACGAUACGGAACCCACCGAAGUGUCUCGUGGCCCUGGAAUUAGCCGCGAGCGAGCAUACGGAACGGGGAAAAUCCCGUACAAGACAGACGCUCUGAUGGCAACCAUUAAAGCAUGUCCUGCAGACCAAGCUGGAGCCAUCUUUUUCCUUGACGCCUCAGCCACGAAGUGCGGGUGCUUCGCCAUCGACGCUAAGUGCACCCUGUUGCAAAUGAACACGCCUUGCGACGUACUUGUCAUGAAAGUCAUUUGCAAGCAAUGCGGGCGGUGGAAGUUCUGGACGGGCGAGAACGAGGCGAUUUUUCGUUUCAGCAAAUCAACGGCUGUUGUGUUUGAAUUGUUGUACAAUGAAUUAAGCUACAUUGAGCAUGGGACGGUACCCUUCAGUGCACUUUUCGCCAGUAUUUCUAGCCGAUACACGAUGUUCGGUGGGGAGUUUGUCCAUCGUCAAACCUUCAUUGAUAUGUCUUGGGCUUUUAUCGCAGCCAUCGACAUGCCAUUCCACGAGGACUUUUCGUGCCCGCACUGCGGCGACUGCCAAUGGAUCGUGGUGGUAGGGACUGCGCUUGCCCCCAUGCGCAAUAAGGUCGAGUUGGACACUCUACGGGAUCGUCCAGUAUUACUCGGGGGAGGCCUGUGGCACAGAACUAAGUCGUCUAACCGUGCGUUUCUACCCUCCGAAAGCCUUCAAAACCAAUUGAAGCAGUUGUCCAUGACAACGUCCACCCACACAUCAACUCUCGCUGAAUUACAUUCGUUUUCGUUGAAAGCCCCCUACCUUGCACAACUGCUGCAAUCGACAAUGACCGAACAAGAUGGUGGUAUCUUUUUCGACAUACCAGCGAAACCGUGGUCCCGCUUUUUCCAUGACCUGUCCAAAUCAACAAGUGUGUGCAACGGAUUCAUCAUGAACCCGGCGGUCGUGGCUGCCGAACUCAACAUGUGGAUUGAAUCCAAGAGUCUAUCCCAACGCGCUCGGAAGGUCUUUCGGGACUAUUUCCUAACGCUCAAUUUGGUGAUUGUACACGAACGAGACGAUUUCUGCCCAUCGUACCUUCAAUCCGUACUUCAGCGCCUGGCUUCCAAAUGCGACCUUAAAGUCCAGGACGAUGAACGGUUCCACCUAAUGACACAGCCUGAGUCACCUGAAACCUUGUUUUCAAUCUUUUACUCGCGGUUUCCCGAUGCAGACCGUGUGGUCAUCUACGACAACGCAUGCAACUACCACGAGUACUGCAUAAAUCGUAAACCACAAUUUUUCGCCAAUCAAGUUACAAAGCAGGACCGCAUACACGCGAAAGGCCACGUUGGAUGCACGAUCGGCCACAACUUGGAUGAAUUUUGGUGGGCCAAGGCCGUUAACACUCAAGUUGCCGAACAAGGCAACGCAUUGCUCGAUGGCGUGAAGAAGCAAUCAACAUUCAUGACGAUUGGUCAUUACGCGCUUUUCGUUUGGUUUGUCUUGGCCAACAUGAAAUUCAUUUCAAGAGCCUCCACGUCGGCAUUGGGCACUUCGUGA